GACUACGAUGCCGGAAGUGUUCGGACGUAUCAUGUGAUCUGCUGCUGCUGGUGCUCUGCUCUGGUAGCUAUGUCAAAAUAAUUGUAUUAUUAUUUUUUUUUUUGACAGAACGGUUUAGGAAAGGCUCACGUUUUAUCCAAAGGGACUUCUACGCGAUGCAGAACGUCAUAAACACAGUGAAAGGCACGGCUCUCGGGGUGGCCGAGUUUCUCACUCCAGUGCUGAAGGAAUCGAAGUUCAAAGAGACUGGAGUCAUUACACCAGAGGAGUUUGUAGCAGCUGGAGAUCACUUGGUUCACCAUUGUCCCACAUGGAAAUGGGCCUCGGGGGAAGAGGUCAAGGUGAAGCCAUAUUUACCACCGGAUAAACAGUUUCUCUUGACUCGCAAUGUUCCCUGCUACAAGCGCUGUAAACAGAUGGAGUAUUCAGAUGAGCUGGAAGCCAUCAUAGAGGAGGAUGAUGGAGACGGGGGCUGGGUGGACACUUACCACAACUCAGGUGUGUUAGGAGUCACAGAUGCUGUACGAGAAAUUUCACUGGACAAUAAUAAGGACAAAAAUAUGAAUGCAACAUCUGCAGCAUGUUGUGAUGACGACGACGAAGAUGAUGAUGAAGAUGGCGAAGCAGCAGAUAUGGAAGAAUAUGAGGAAAGUGGCCUGUUGGAGACAGAUGAGGCGACCCUUGACACCAGUAAAAUGGUGGAGACUAAAGCCAAAACAGAGCCUGGGAGCGAGGAUGCCAUUCUCCAGACUAGAACAUAUGACCUGUACAUCACUUAUGAUAAAUACUACCAGACCCCUCGACUCUGGCUCUUUGGAUACGAUGAAGACAGGCAACCACUGACCGUAGAGCAGAUGUACGAGGACAUCAGCCAGGACCACGUGAAGAAGACAGUCACCAUUGAGAACCACCCCCACCUUCCUCCACCUGCCAUGUGCUCUGUCCACCCCUGCAGACAUGCUGAAGUGAUGAAAAAGAUCAUCGAGACUGUGGCAGAAGGGGGAGGAGAGCUUGGGGUGCACAUGUAUCUUCUGAUUUUCCUCAAGUUUGUCCAGGCUGUCAUUCCCACAAUAGAGUACGACUACACGAGACACUUCACCAUGUAGCUUCCUAACUCUGCCUCUGCUAACGCACCGUGUCCAUGGGAAAGAUCAGCUCUUCUGCCUCUGUGUUAAGAUUAUAUCUGGUCUGGUCUGAUUACAACCAGUUUGUGGAGUGUAUGUGUUGAUCUGAGACACCUUCUGAGUGCGCAGGACUUGGAGAAUGUUGGGGGUUUGUGACAAAACUGUCUGUCGAAGGAACAGUCUGACAUUUUGGGAAACCCAGAGUCAGAUAAGAAAAUAAAUAUCAGUUUAAUGCAUGCGUGUCCAGUACAGAGAUGGAUAUGAUCUGUAUAAUGCUGCUAGCCUAGCUAUACCUCGGUUAAACUCAGAACUUCACCUGCGAAAAAUAUAAAUCUAAAACCACACACUUGGAUAAAUUUGUAACUAGUCUGCUAGCAAACAGCUGUGGAAUUUCCCCUACUUCCAGUGUGCUAAUUUAUCUCUGUACUAGACAACCUGAACUGAGACUGAUAUCUAUGUUUUCAUCUAACUCUGGACGAAACUGCAAAUGAGGCUUCAUCCCUAAAGUUGGACUGUUAUUCUGAUGUUUCUCUACAGGUUUAAUGUUGUGACCACAAUGUGGUGAGCGUUCACAAAGUUAUUGUUAAGAAGAUUUCAAUGCUGUUACUCAACCCAUUCUACAGAAGAGGAUCAGGGCCACUGUAAAAAAAA